GUAUUCGUAAAUUUCGGGUAGGUCCGAGAGAGAGCGCACACACAGUGUGUUAAUUUCUUUUUUUUCAUUGAAAGGGUUAAUAGGGACAUCUUCUUCUUGAUUUCACUCACCUCUCCCUUAACUUUUCAUGUCUCUUCCAACCAAACGCUCUACUUGCUCCGCCGCUUCUACCGACUCUUCUCUCUCUUCCCCGCCCAUGAAGAAGUCCAAAAACGGCCUCCACGCCUCCGACAAGGUUGGCUUCUCCAUGGAUGAAGAUCCAGCUCCCUCCUCCGCCGCUAAUCUCUCUCGCAAGAAGGCCACUCUCCCUCACCCCACUAAGAAGCUCGUCAUCAAGCUCAAUAAAGCGAAACCAAGUCUACCUACAAACUUUGAAGAUACUACCUGGGAAAAUCUCCAGUCAGCUAUCAGAGCUAUAUUCCUUAAACAGCCCUUUCCUUUUGACCUCGAGAGGCUUUACCAGGCUGUUGAUGACCUUUGCUUGCAUAAGCUGGAAGGGAAGCUUUACGAACGGAUUGAGAAGGAGUGUGAAGAACACAUCUCUUCAGCUUUACAAUCUUUAGUUGGCCAAGACACUGAUCUCUCUGUUUUCUUGUCGCUCGUUGAGAAAUGCUGGCAAGAUUUCUGUGACCAGAUGUUGAUGAUUCGUAGUAUAGCCUUGUCUCUGGAUAGGAAGUAUGUGAUACAGCACACAAAUGUACGUUCGUUGUGGGAGAUGGGCCUGCAGCUUUUUCGGAAACAUCUUUCUCUGUCCCCUGAUGUUGAGCAGAGGACAGUUACUGCUCUCUUGAGAAUGAUUGAAAGGGAAAGGUUGGCCGAAGCUGUUAAUAGGACACUACUAAGCCAUCUCUUAAAGAUGUUUACUGCACUGGGAAUAUAUGCGGAAAGCUUUGAGAAGCAGUUCCUUGAAUGCACUUCUGAGUUUUAUGCUGCUGAAGGAAUGAAAUACAUGCAGCAGUAUGACGUUCCCGAGUACCUGAAGCAUGUCGAGGGAAGGUUGCAUGAAGAGAACGAAAGAUGCAUACUGUAUAUAGAUGCAUCAACCAGGAAACCAUUGAUAUCAGCUGUUGAAAAGCAACUUCUCGAGCGUCAUAUACAUGCUGUCCUUGAUAAGGGUUACACACCGUUGAUGGAUGGGCGUCGUACCGAGGACCUCCAGAGGAUGUACACCCUGUUUUCUAGAGUCAGUGCACUUGAGUCUCUGAGGCAGGCCCUAAGUUCCUACAUUCGGAAAACUGGGCAGAAGAUUGUUAUGGAUGAAGAGAAAGAUAAAGACAUGGUACAAUCACUAUUGGACUUCAAGGCUUCUCUUGACAUAGUAUGGGAAGAGAGUUUUUGCAAGAAUGAAUCAUUUGGCAACACCAUUAAAGAUUCGUUUGAGCAUCUGAUAAAUCUUCGCCAGAAUCGUCCAGCUGAACUUAUUGCCAAAUUUUUGGACGAGAAGCUCCGUGCUGGGAAUAAGGGUACUUCUGAAGAAGAAUUGGAGAGUACCCUUGAAAAAGUCUUGGUUUUGUUCAGAUUUAUUCAGGGUAAAGAUGUGUUCGAAGCAUUUUAUAAAAAGGAUCUUGCAAAGAGACUUCUGUUGGGAAAGAGCGCUUCAAUUGAUGCUGAGAAAUCAAUGAUCUCUAAGCUUAAGACUGAGUGUGGUAGCCAGUUUACAAACAAGCUCGAAGGAAUGUUCAAGGAUAUUGAAUUGUCAAAGGAAAUCAACGAGUCAUUCAAACAGUCGUCUCAGGCCAGGACAAAACUGCCAUCAGGAAUUGAGAUGAGUGUUCACGUUUUAACAACAGGGUACUGGCCAACAUAUCCACAUAUGGAUGUCAAACUUCCUCAUGAAUUAAAUGUCUAUCAGGAUAUCUUCAAAGAGUUUUAUUUGAGCAAGUACAGUGGAAGGAGGUUAAUGUGGCAAAAUUCAUUAGGUCACUGUGUUUUGAAGGCAGGUUUCUCCAAAGGUAAAAAGGAGCUUGCUGUUUCCCUGUUUCAGGCUGUUGUGUUGAUGUUAUUCAACGAUGCAAUGAAACUUAGCUUUGAAGACAUUAAAGAUUCCACUGGCAUAGAGGACAAGGAACUGAGAAGGACUCUGCAGUCGCUUGCUUGUGGGAAAGUUCGUGUCCUGCAAAAGUAUCCAAAGGGAAGAGACGUACAAGACAGGGAUGAAUUUGAUUUUAAUGAUACCUUUACAGCUCCUCUGUAUCGCAUUAAGGUGAAUGCAAUCCAGAUGAAAGAGACAGUAGAAGAGAACACGAGUACAACAGAGAGAGUAUUCCAGGACCGACAAUACCAGAUUGAUGCAGCCAUUGUUCGAAUUAUGAAGACGAGAAAAGUCUUGAGCCAUACUCUUCUAAUCACUGAGCUCUUCCAGCAGCUAAAGUUCCCAAUAAAACCGGCUGAUCUGAAGAAGAGGAUCGAAAGCCUGAUCGAUCGAGAGUACUUGGAGAGGGACAAGAGCAACCCUCAGAUAUACAAUUAUCUUGCUUAGAAUCUCUCUGUUGAACGCCUUUUACAAUGUUUUUGUUUCUUCUCUGUAUAUUUAUUCACAAACAAUGGCCGACAUUGCAUUACAGCUUAGUUCGGAGUUUCCGACAUAACAAUGAUAAGUUUCUAAACAGUAAACAUCACAUAACUGAAUGAGAAGAGACAAUCAGAUA